AUGCUCAUCAAGAAGAAGAACAGCGAAAGUCUCGCCAAAUUUAAGAUUACAACCCACACGAUGAGACAUCCGACAGUUCCCGAAGAGGAAGACAUCGAAUUCUAUACCGUGGUGAAAUACUCGAACGGCCGACUAACGGUAACGCAAUUCCAUCCAAAACCAGACGCUAGACAACAACAACAAACGAGCGCGAUGGACGUAGCAGACGCGAGCAUGCAACCAAUUGUGCAGCUCAGCGCGGUCACACCACCACCGGCUAACGACGAAAUAGUCGAUACACCCGUACGCGAAAAAACCGUCGAGAAGCAAAAACAGCGCGAUACGAAGCAACAAUCGCGUCGAGAACGCGAAAGGCGCAAGGCGCAACAGAAAAAGAGAAGGAGAGAGACGUCCAGCAAGUCGAGCGGAACCCCGAAAAAGUCAAGUAGGGACAAUAGAAAACCGCUAAGGCGAAAGGACAGAAAGAUUGACGGCAGAUCGGUGAGAAGACCCGAGUCUUACUUGCGAGGCCAAGGCGGUAAAUUUGCGCCAAAACCCCGCAUCACCGAGACGCGAAUCGUCAGAGCAGCCGACAAGGACACCGAGAAGAGUCAGACGAGGACGGAGGACGCGCGAAACGAUGGUAACGGCAACGAUCAGGGGAAGGACGGAGCGAGUCCGACGCUCACCAGUGGAGCUAAGAAACCCGAUCAACCCCAACCAGCGACGUCAGACGAGCCCAGACCUUCAACAUCCAAGGAAUGA